GUCAAAUAUAAGUCUCUCCUAACUCGCCUUUACCUUCUGCCUAAUCACAUUAUAAGUAUAAGCAGGGUAUGAGCGAAUGUAUUUCCACAAGUCCCAUCUUGAGAUCAAAUCUACUUUGUGCCAGGAAAAGAAGACUAAGGAAAUAAAAGGAUUAAAAUGAAAGUGGCGGUGAUCGGAGGUGGAGUAAGUGGGUUAGGAAGUGCCCACGAUCUUGCAAGGGAAGAUGGAAUCAAGGAGGUGGUGUUGUUUGAAAAGGAGGAAUCGUUUUUUGGAGGCCAUGGUAAAACGAUGCGUUUUGAAGGAGUUGAUUUAGACAUUGGAUUCAUAGUCUUCAACCCUGUUACGUGCCCGAACAUGAUGGAGUUAUUCAAGAACUUGGGAGUAGACAUUGAGGUUUCAGACAUGUCUUUCUCAGUGAGCCUCAACAAUGGCAGAGGCUACGAAUGGGGAACCCGCAACGGACUUUCAAGCUUGUUUGCUCAGAAGAGAAACAUUCUCAACCCCUAUUUCUGGCAUAUGAUUACAGAGUUUAAUAAGUUUAAGGAAGACGCACUAAAUUAUAUCGAAGAGAUGGAGCGUAACCCUGACACUGAUCGAAACGAAACCUUAAGAGAGUUUGUCAAGUCUCAUGGAUACUCUGCCUUGUUUCAAAAGGCUUACUUGGUACCAGCAUGCAGUUCCAUAUGGACAUGCCCAAUAGACAGCGCCCUUAACUUUUCAGCUUACUCUGUUCUUUCCUUUUGCCGCAACCACCAUUUACUUCAGAUCUUUGAGAGGCCACAAUGGCUGACUGUUGCAGGUCGUUCGGAGACUUACGCCGCAAAGGUUAGGGCAGAACUGGAGCAACGAGGAUGUAAGAUCCGAACAAGUUGUAAUGUACAAUCUGUCUCAACAUCUGAGGAUGGUUACAUCUUAGUAACAACCGAAGAUGGAUCUCAGGAAGUAUUCGAUAGAUGUAUAUUAGCUGUAAACGCACCAGAUGCUCUGAGAUUGCUUGGAGAAGACGCCACCCCUGAUGAAACCAGGGUUCUUGGUGCUUUUCAAUACGCUUACAGUGAUAUUUAUCUCCACCGUGAUACUGAUCUGAUGCCGCGGAAUCGUGUUGCAUGGAGCGCUUGGAAUUUCCUAACAAGUUCUGAAAAUAAAGCGAGCCUGACACAUUGGCUCAAUAUAAUUCAGAAUCUUGAUGAAGAACAUGAUUCAUACUUUCUCACACUUAAUCCUGAAGUUAGCCCAAAGAAGACAUUGUAUAAGUGGACCUCUGGUCGUCCUCUGCCAUCGGUUUCUGCUUGGAAAGCUUCACAAGAGCUAAACAAAAUUCAAGGGAAGCGUGGUAUAUGGUUCUGUGGUGCAUAUCAAGGCUCUGGUUUUCAUGAAGAUGGGCUAAAGGCUGGUAUGGGGGCUGCACAAAGUCUGCUAGGGAAAGAUAUGGUUCCUCUUCUGAGCAACCCAAAACAUAUGGUCCCAUCUCUAACCGAAAAGGGGGCUCGGUUUUUAUUUACUAGAUUUUUGAGACAUUUCAUAUCAACCGGUUGUGUAACAGUAUAUGAAGAAGGAGGAACAAUGUUCACUUUCAAAGGAAAGGAUUUGAGAUGUAACUUAGAAUCUGUCAUAAAGAUUCGCAGUCCUCAUUUUUACUGGAAGGUUAUGACACAAGCAGAUUUAGGACUUGCCGAUGCCUAUAUAAAUGGAGAUUUUUCGUUUGUUAAUAAAGAAACAGGACUUCUCAAUUUGAUCAUGAUUCUCAUUGCUAACAGAGAAUUGAACUCAAAGAACUUAAAUCUUGCUAAGAAAAGGGGUUGGUGGACACCGAUGUUUAUGACUGCUGGUUUAACAUCUGCAACACAGUUCCUAAGGCAUUUCUCUAGGCAGAACACUUUAACUAAAGCUCGAAGGAACAUUUCACGUCACUAUGACCUUAGCAAUGAGCUUUUUGCUCUAUUCUUGGAUGAUACCAUGAGUUAUUCCACUGCGGUAUUCAAGUCAGACGAUGAGGAUCUGAAAACUGCACAGAUGAGGAAAAUAAACCUUUUAAUUGAUAAGGCUAGAAUAGAAAAGGACCAUGAGGUUUUAGAGAUUGGAUGUGGAUGGGGAACUUUAGCCAUUGAAGUUGUGAAAAAAACUGGAUGUAAAUACACUGGUAUUACACUAUCUAUCGAACAGCUUAAAUAUGCAGAAGAAAAGGUUAAAGAAGCUGGACUUCAGGAUCGGAUUACAUUUGAACUUUGCGAUUAUCGUCAACUAUCUGAUGCUAGAAAAUAUGACAGAAUCAUAUCUUGUGAGAUGAUAGAACAUGUUGGCCACGAGUUUAUGGAUACAUUCUUCAGUCACUGUGAAGCUGCGCUUGCAGAAGACGGCAUCUUUGUCUUGCAGUUCAUAUCGAUACCCGAAGAGCGUUACAAUGAGUACAGACUAAACUCGGAUUUCAUAAAAGAAUACAUAUUCCCCGGUGGAUGCCUUCCUUCCUUAGCCAGAGUUAUUUCUGCCAUGGCCUCUUCUUCUCGGUUGAGCGUAGAAAAUGUUGAGAACAUUGGGAUUCAUUACUACCAAACAUUGAGAUGCUGGAGGAAGAACUUCUUGGAAAAUCAAAAACAAAUCAUGGAUCUUGGAUUCGAUGAUAAGUUCAUAAGGACGUGGGAAUAUUAUUUCGACUAUUGUGCAGCUGGUUUCAAGACUCUUACUCUUGAAGACUACCAGGUAGUGUUCUCACGUCCGGGGAAUGUAGCUGCGUUCGGAGAUCCAUUCCGUAAUUUCCCUUCUGCUCAUAAUUAAAUAAGAGUAGAAGAAUCCUUUCAACACUUUUUAAGUACCACUCUCAUUUCUUGUCUUGUUUUCUUAUUCAAAAUUUGCGUGUGAAAGCAUCUGUAAACUUAAAACAUAGAACUGCGUUCAUGAUUGAUUCUGCAUUAUGUACCAAUAAUCUCGCAUGUCUAGACCAUAUAUCAACUUAUUCUACAUCAAAAAAUCAUACAACCGCCUUAAUUAAAUAACUAGAUCUUGAGGGUAUAAAUUUUAGUCACCCAAAAAUUUAUUUUUGAACCAUUGCAAAGAAUUCAUACCUCAAUCAAUCUAAUCAAAUCACGUUAAAAUCCAAGUAAAAGUGGAAACAUAAACAAACACACAAACUCGUAAAUACAAUAUGGAUUAGGCUCAAAUGGCAUAAGAAGUAUCUCUUGGCUUGGGUGUUCUAAGCAAUAUCUCAUUCCACAGAGAGAUAUUGGAUUAAAAUGAUUUAAAUAAGAUACUAAAUAUUCUGAAGCUUAUGAAAUACAGUGAAAGAAAGUUAUAAAGUAACAGAUUGUACUUGUCCACAUCCUUUUUCAACACUUUGAUUGCUUCAAUAACAAUCAAACCAGCAACAAUGGCGUUAGUCUUAGCAACGGCAUGAACAAUGCUCCCAGCAAUACCUUUGGCUUUAAAAGACUGUGCUGAGGAAUUCCAAAAGACUACGCACCAAUAUUUGCAGGAGCAAUGAUAAAUUCUAUAGCUAACUGGUCAUAUUUGUCAAAAGUAAGGUGUCCUAUUUUCUGUGGCAGCAUAUAGACAAAACCAUGAGUUAAUCAAUACACUGAAAGUGAUGAAGCGGAAAGCUACACUACAUCAGAAAGUAUAUAUAUAUAUAUGUGUGAAUAUAGAUAGAUGGAGAGAAUUCAAAUAAAGGAGCACACAAAACAAACCUGUUGAUGAUGAUAAUCUACACGUUUGCACUGGAAUCCAUUGAUAAUGAUGAUAAUCAAAAUCUAAGUACCACACUACACUAAUCAACGAUCUAUUUUGACCCAAUUCCCAUCUAUUACUACGCAUAUAAAUAUGGUGUGUUAGUUACGAACGUUCAUAGAUGAUGGAUGAUCCAUGCUUAUUCAUCCAAGAACACAAACCUAACUCUAUAAGAAGUUUUCAUAGAACAAAACCUUUUACGGAA